GCUCAACCUUACUGUUCUAGUACACUACGAGUUCAACGGCCAGUUUACCGUAAAUCAAGUCGAAUUCCAUAUAUUCAAAUGAUGUGAUGUUAACGACGUUACAACAAAAAUGAUGUCGAUUUAUUAAAAGACGAACAAAAAGCGGAGGAGCAGCGGGGUGGUGAAAGGUGAGUCAAUGCAAUGACGUCACAAACCUCCCUCCUUAGGCUGGAGUGCGAACACUUUCGAACCUUCCAGUGUGCCCAAACUUUUUUUCCUGAGUAAAAGCUCGAACUUUUUCCUGAGUGAAAGCUUCGAGGCAAAACUACAAACUAUGUGCGCCGAAUGCUCCACAUUUUGCCGACAAAACCGCUCAGAGUCUUACCCGGAUGAAAGGAUGGAACCGCAGACGAAAAGGCAACCGGGGACCAUCCGGAGGUGCCAGCGGGGAAGUGGGCAGCCUCUACCCGGCGAGGACGCCUCGAGGGCGGACUGCGUGGAUCAGCUGCUCGCGCUGACUGACGCCCUGGAGGAGAGAAGAUCCACUUGGGCGCAGCGAGCUCGGCUGUUGAGGCUGGAGGGUGUGCAGCCGCCGGGGGAGCAACUCUGGAGGCUCCACCAGUGUUUAGUGCACAUGGACAGCAUUGCGCUGCAGCUCUUUGACUAUUACCAGGUCAAUGGCAGAGAGCUGUCCAAAUCCAGCCAUGAGGAGACGUUGGAGAGCUUCCUCCCCGCCAAGGACCCCGUCGUGGUUCAAGUCAUCCGGCGGACCCCCAGUGGCCGACCCCAUGGCCCGCCUCAGGAAAUCCAUGUGGUGGAUGUGUGCACUCAGACCGACAUCACCUUCGAACACAUCGUGGCGCUGGCUAAGCUGCGGCCUACGACGCCUCCCGUGCCGGACGUCUGUCCCUUCUUGCUUAGCGACAGCUGCCACUCCCUACACACGAUGGAGCAGGAUUACUACGAAGGCACCGACUACCUCUCGCCACUUCCCGUCGACGCUGACAGGACGGAAGAGUUGGAAUAUGAGGAAGUGGAAUUGUGCCGACUCAGCAACCAAGAAAAGCUGGGCCUGACUCUGUGCUACAGGACGGACGAGGAAGAGGACGUUGCGAUCUACGUCAGCGAGAUCUGUCCCAACAGCAUCGCCGCCAGAGACGGUCGCAUCCGAGAGGGGGACCGCAUAUUACAGAUUAAUGGGCAGGAUGUGCAGGACCGCGAGGAGGCCAUGGCUGCGCUGUCGAACGAAGAGUGCCGCAGAAUCACCCUGUUGGUCGCCAGGCCCGAGAUGCAGCUGGAGGAGGCCUGGCUGGAUGACGAGCACAGCGAGUUCCUGGAGCAGCUCAAGAUGGAAAUGCUGGAGGAACAGCGGCGCGAGGAGAUGGAGUUGGCCGCCCUCCAGGAGGAGCAAGAGAGCGGACAGCGGGAAGAGGACGACAAGCCCACCUGCUCCACCCUCACUCAGCAUCAGGACAGGGGCCGGAUCCUGAAAGAGAGACAGGACAAUUCCGAGCGCAACGUCCUGGCGCACAUCCAGAGGCGCCUGUCGCAGUGUCUCCGGGACAACCUGGACCCGCGCCGCCCGGAGGGCCGGGAGGACGAGGAAGACAACGAGGAGGCGGCGGAGGGCGAUCGCUUCCAGCAGCUCCUGGAGCUCAAGUGCCAAAUCCGCAACAGUGGCGAGUACGACCUCUUCUACAGCCGGCGUAGCACCAUCGAGUGUAGCGUGGGCGAGCCGGGCAGCGUUCAGCACGAGCUGCGCAUGCUCAAUGAGGAGCUGCGCAGCAUCGAGCUGGAGUGCCAGAACAUCAUGCAAGCGCACAAGCUUCGCCAGGGCCAGCAGUCGGAGAGUCCCCUUCGAGGGGAACCCGGCAAAGGCAAGCUGGCGGACAUCAACGAGCGGCUGGAGAAGUCGGACAAGGACAGCUCCAGCGCUUACAACACGGCCGAGAGCUCCCGGAGUACCCCUCUGGCUAUGGAUCGCUCCCCUGAACAUUCCCUCCAAAGGAUGGUGAGCCUCACCAAUCAGCGGAACCUCAGCAGCAGCCUCGCCGCCGGACCGUCGCUCAGUCCCAGCCCCGUCCCGGGUUGCCAGGCGUCGCUUCUCUGUAAGAGCAGCAGCCCGGACCACAGCAAUCCGUCCGAGUCGGACCACGUGCUUCAACCCGAGGAGGAGGGGCGACGAGGGAAACCCAAGACCCGGGUGUCGCAGAUCCCUUACUUCUCCCCAUCGCACAGUUCGCAUCAUCGGCAGGCCAACAUCCCGGCCCACGCCCGCCACUAUCAGAGCUACAUGCAGCUCAUCCAGCAGCGCUCGGCGGUGGAGUACGCCCAGAGCCAGCUCAGCCUGCUCAGCGUGUGCAACACGGAACCCCAGGCGGCGCCUCUCCUCCUGGACGAGCCCAAGAUGGAAUGGAAGGUGAAGAUCCGCAGCGACGGCACGCGCUACGUCACCAAGCGGCCGGUGCGCGACAAGAUCCUGCGGGAGCGAGCGCUGAAGAUCAAGGAGGAGCGUAGCGGCGGCAUGACCACGGAUGACGACGCCAUGAGCGAGAUGAAGAUGGGCCGCUACUGGAGCAAGGAGGAGAGGAAGCAGCACCUGGUGCGCGCCAAGGAGCAGCGCAAGCGCCGCGAGUUCAUGCAGCGCAGCCGCCUGGAGAGCCUGAAGGAGAACCCGCAGAGCAGCGGCGAGGCCAGCAUCAUCGAGCUGAGCCACAAGAAGAUGAUGAAGAAGCGCAACAAGAAGAUCCUGGACAAUUGGAUGACCAUCCAGGAGCUGAUGACGCACGGCACCAAAGCGCCCGAAGGGACGCAGGUGCACAACGCCUUCCUGUCGGUCACGACUGUGUGAAACAAAACACGCACUUUCUACCCGCGGCGGUAUGAAUCUAAUUGCCUCGUUCAAUGUGGCGUUUUUAUGAGGACAAGAGGAGUAUUUUUCACACUUUGUACACCCGAAUAGCAUUUUGUAAAGAGUUUAUCCGUGGCGCUAUGGCAUUCCCUUCGACAUUUUUCUACGGAUUGAGGACACCGUCGCCUAUUUUCACAGUCGUGUCGCCAACCGUACAGCUCAGACGCGUGUUUGUUUCCCGUGCUAUGUUUCAAUGCAAAAUGCAGCAGGUCUCAUGUGUUUGUUUUUUUUUGUCGAGUAGCUCUGUUCACCUUGUAGCUUAUGCACAGGGCUCGCCAACCGGUUUCAAACUUUAUUUCUUGGGUAUUGACGAAAGCCAAGGGCUACCAGUUGGAUUCACACUUCUGAAAUUCGCUCAAAUUAACUUUGAUCAUAUGGUAUUAUCUAUAACGCUAGUCAUGUAUGGAAAGGCAACGCUCAUGUUCAGAUUUCUCACUAAUUAUGAACAAGAACGAAAGAUAGCAAAAGUUGAUCACCGAUAUGUCACGCCUUAUUUCUUGAAAUAAUCACUUCUAUAACAUUCCUAGGAAUUCCAUUCACAGCGUCCCAUUACCGGCAAACUCUUUUAGGAGCAGGCCUGCCGCCUACUAUUAUGGUCCUUCGGGGCGAGCUGGUGCAAAGGGGCACCAAAUUGGUGAUCCACAAUAUUUGCAUCGCGGCUAUCCAAUGUCAUGUUACAGGUGUACCUAAUAUUGUGUCCAAUGAGGGAGCACAAACUACAAUGUUGUUCAGGUUAAAAAGAAACAAAACCACAAUUUAAAAAAAAAUGGGGUUCAUAUUAAGAUCAGGAUUUGCUUUAAUUUGUUGUAUUAUUCAAACUUUUUUUUUUUAACUCAUUUUCUUUUCCAUACCUGAAUUGUAUAAUUAGCCACUGAGCAGGACUCAGCUGAUUGGAUCUCUUAUUGCAGUAUAAGGUCAAAUUGAAGUUGUAGUUUAUUCCCAUGUGACAUCAUUGCUUAAAACAGAAAUACUGUCUUGUAAAUUUCACAUAUGGCGCAGGUCCCCCCCCCCCCCC